AUGUCAAUUUACAACGAGUCAAACUACGAAGAAGCACUAAAAACAUACUUGGGUGCGGCAAUUGAGGAUGUAAUAUCGCUCAAAUCGCUAAGCAUGCACGAUAAGGAUCUUUCAUACUUCAUUAUCAACAAUAUUUCAAAAAUAGAUAGAAAGUACAGAUUUAACGGUAAUCUGGUAAUUUACAGGCUCAGAGAGAUCUCUACAAAGCAGAUGAACAGGCUUAUAAGCUUUAGGGCACGUGUCACACGCACAACCGCCAUAUAUCCUGAGCUGAUGAGCGCAAAGAUGAAGUGUGCAUCGUGCAAAUCUGUGACGAGGGAGACCACGAACUACCAGAGUUUCAAGUGUGUGAACCAUUUGUGUCCUAACAGAAAAAAUUACAAGGUCAUUCCUGUUCGUUUUAGGGAUUACCAGCGGAUAAGCGUGCAGGAGGUGGAUGCCGAUAUCAUUGGGGGGUAUCUGCCCAGGUCACUAGAGAUUGUUGUGUUGGACGAUUUGACCGAGAAGGUAAAACCUGGUGAGGUGGUUAUUUUUAAUGGAGUGGUGAAAAUUGAGAAGAACCUGCGGAUGAAAAAGGUGCUGAAACGGACAGAAUCGGUGAUAAGCGCGGAGGAAGACCAUCUAAAAAUCGUGUUUGAGGCUAUGAGUGUUGAGAAGGAAAGCAAGCACGAGCUGGACAAGGACAAAAUUCUGAGGAAGGUGAGCAGUAUCCCCAAUUUGUAUGAGACCCUUUCGCAGAAGCUUUUUCCAUCGAUAUACGGCCAUAAGAACAUAAAGAAUGCUAUUUUACUGAUGAUGGUAGGCGGCAGCUCAACAAAACGAAAGAACAUCAAUAUCUUGUUGCUUGGUGAUCCGGGUGCUGCAAAGAGCCAGUUUUUGAAACAGGUGCCCGCGAUUUACACGACCGGUAAAACGGCAAGCGGGGUCGGACUCACAGCUGCAGUGACCAGGAACGAGAACGAAAAUGUGGUUGAGGCGGGUGCACUGGUGCUGGCUGACAACGGGAUAUGCUGCAUCGACGAAUUUGAUAAGCUGAGCGUCACUGACAGGACGGCACUGCAUGAAGCGAUGGAACAGCAGACAGUGACUAUUAACAAAGCAGGAAUACACGUAACACUGAAUGCACGUGCAAGUGUGUUGGCGGCAGCCAAUCCGAGAGGAGGGCGGUAUGACAGAAAAAAAAGCUUACGAUACAAUGUGAGCCUGAGCGAUGCUGUUAUGAGCAGGUUUGAUCUAUUCUACGUGAUUGUAGACGAAGUAGAUGAGAGCAAUGACAGGCGGAUAGCGAGGAGAGUGAUCAAUAACCAUCUUGGUUUUGAUCAGUUCGACGUGGUCGCAGGCGAUGAACACGGACAAAAGGAAAACGCACUGAACGAACAAAGGGAAGCUUUAGACCACGUUGAUGACCUGAAAGAGAUCGAGCAAGUUUACAACCAGGAGAUGGACAUGACUAAAGAUGAAAUCCUCGUUUAUAUAGAACAUGUGAAGAACAGAAAGCCGAAGAUGACCGAAGAGGCAGAAAAACUGAUCAUAGAGAAGUAUAAAAAACUGAGAAUGCAGAACACGGUGAACCAUAAGAACUACACAGUCGGGGUGCGAACAUUGGAGAGCAUGAUACGGCUGAGCGAGGCCCUGGCAAAGCUUUACUGCAGUGACGUUGUGUGUACGUAUGUUGAGGAAGCGUACCGGCUGAUAACCGGCAGUAUGCUGGAAAUUAAAAUGGAGGACAUCCAAAUCAACGAUACGGUAUUGAACAACAAAGACGUGGAGAGCAUUUUGAACACCUUCGUUUAUAUUCUUAAAACCAAGGAACGGCUGACCAAGGAGGAUCUUGUGAUCUAUUACAUAGGUAGCAUUGAGGACAAGAUAAUGAGCGAAGAGAUGCUGGGCGAGGAGCAGAAGCGAGCGGAGAAUGUGCUGGAAUGGCUGAUCAAUAAGGAGGGCGUAUUCUACGAGAAUGAAGGGUACGUGUAUGUGCAUCCAAACUACGAUGCGUAAGUCGGUCAUAAAUAAAUAAGUUAGUGGUAGCUGAACGCGUUUGUUUGGGUGUUGCUGCUGUGUGAAGAGAUAAGCAAACAACUUUUAGUAAAAAGGUAGCAGCUGAACGCGUUGGAACAGCUCAGGAAUUAAAAACAGCAUUGUUAGAACUUAUACAUCUUCAGAUCAACAUCAAAUGAAGUAUCCUUUAA